AUGGUUGGUCUGGGCCCAAAACGCACACCGUCCCGCAAGGGUUCCAUGGCCGAUGUGCCAAAGAACCUCUUGCAGGAAAUUGAAACCCUCGAGAACCUCUUCACGGUCGACGCCGCCAAGCUCAAGCAGAUCACCGAGCAUUUCGUGGGCGAACUGACCGCCGGUCUGGAGAAAGAUGGACAGAACAUCCCCAUGAACCCGACAUGGGUCAUGGACUUCCCCGACGGGGACGAGCAAGGGACGUUCCUCGCCUUGGACAUGGGCGGAACCAAUCUCAGAGUGUGCGAGAUCACGCUCACUGAAGAGAAGGGCGAGUUCGAUAUCAUUCAGAGCAAGUACAGGAUGCCCGAGGAACUCAAGACCGGCACGGCCGAAGAGCUGUGGGAAUACAUUGCAGACUGUCUCCAGCAGUUUAUCGAGUACCACCACGAGGAGGAGGAUAUCACCGCCCUGCCUCUCGGUUUUACCUUCUCCUACCCAGCGACGCAGGACUACAUCGACCACGGUAUCUUGCAAAGAUGGACCAAGGGCUUUGACAUCUCCGGUGUCGAAGGAGAGGAUGUGGUUCCUCAGUUUCAAGCCGCCCUCGAUGCAAGGAAACUCCCCAUCAAACUUGCCGCGUUGAUCAACGACACCACCGGCACCAUGAUCGCAUCUGCAUACACAGAUCGGUCCAUGAAGAUUGGCUGCAUCUUCGGCACCGGCUGUAACGCGGCCUACAUGGAGAACUGCGGCUCGAUACCGAAGCUGAAGCACCUGAACUUGCCCGACGACAUGCCCAUGGCCAUCAACUGCGAGUACGGCGCCUUCGACAACGACCACAAGGUGCUCCCCAUCACCAAGUACGACACCAUCAUCGACGAGCACUCCCCUCGCCCUGGGCAGCAAGCUUUCGAGAAGAUGAUUGCCGGCCUGUACCUUGGCGAGAUCUUCCGAUUGGUCGUGGUCGAUCUGCACGACAACAAGAACAUCUUGUUUGAGGGUCAGGACAUCUCGAAGCUCCGCAAACCGUACAGCCUAGACGCAUCGUUCCCCGCCUUCAUUGAGGAAGACCCCUUUGAGAACUUGCAGGAGACCCACGACAUGUUCAGGGAGAAACUGGGCAUCGACGCCACCAAGCCAGAGCUCGAGCUGUGCAGACGGCUGGCAGAGUUGAUUGGAACCCGGGCCGCACGUCUGUCGGCUUGCGGCGUUGCUGCCAUCUGCAAGAAGAAGAACAUCGAGUCAUGCCACGUCGGCGCCGACGGCUCCGUCUUCACCAAGUACCCGCACUUCAAAGCCCGAGGAGCCCAGGCGCUGCGUGAGAUCCUCGACUGGCCAAAGGGCAAGAAGGAUCCCGUAGUCAUCUUGCCCUCUGAAGAUGGCAGUGGUGUCGGUGCGGCCCUGAUUGCCGCUCUGACCUUGAAGAGGAUCAAGGCUGGCAACACUGCCGGUGUACGUGACCCAAGCAAGUUUGACAUCUGGAUGAAGUAG